ACAGUGAGAGCAGGGCUCCUCACAGCAAGCCAGUCAACACUGCGCCCUCCACAAUAUAAAUAAACAUAGCAGCGCAUAGGCAGAGGAAAACCUUGAAGGUAAAAGUUCUCUACUGCUGUUUGGUCUAGCCAGCUGAUCUGACAGGGCUGGGGUUGAGGCUCCCGACCCAGCCAUGGGAAAUGAGAACAGCUCCGAGGAGCCAACGACUGAAGUUCAUGCUGAGAGUAUAAACCAAAAUGAAAGGAGGAAGGACAACCAAACAGAUAAUGGAGCUGUACUGACUGAACCUCCUGCCUCACAGCGGCAGCAACAGCAGGGAGGCCCGCUAGAACGCAUCCAGGAGACCUGGGGGGAUCCAAACAAGGUUGUGGAGGAAGAUAAAGAGGAGCUGGAGUUUCCUCAUGACCUGCUGCCCAACUUAGACUUCGGCAGUGAAUUUAACAUUUGGGAGACCUCACUCGGUUCUCAUAGCUCAAAUGAGAUAAAGGAUGAUCAGGUAAACCACCUGCUAACUGGACUCCAGCACCACAUGGAAGUAAACAGACCACCACUGGUUUCUGUAGACAAGAGUGCCAUACCCACCCUCGACUCCAGGCCUCCCCCGCAGAUCUCUACUACAUUCGGGGAAGGUGCUCCACCCCUGCCUUUCUCCACUCUCCUAGACAAGGAGCUCCAAGAGGCCUUUCAGGAAUGUGAGGAUCAGAUGGCCUCACUGGGCAGACUUCCCCUUGCCCACCUUUCCUCUGAACCUCUUGUCCCCAUGACCAAUCAUGUCAGUCUGGCUGAGCACGCCACGGCCACGCCCCUGGCCUUGCCCCGACAUAAGGACCAGGAAAACAGAGCUAGGUGUAAAAGGCUGGUUAACAAAGAUGAUGAGUCAUCCAUGCUUCCUCCAAUGGUGCUUCAGCCAGGCCUUUAUAAUGGUAGCCAUGGCAAUAAUAAAACAAACGGAAAGAGUGACAAGGCAAACAGUGGGAGGGACAUCUCUGUGUUUAGUUUCAGGGACUAUAUUCUGGGUAUUGAAGAUGGAGACACAAGGGCAGAAGGAGAGGGUAUAGAGAGUGAAGAAAUCCAGGAGGAAAGACUGCACAGACAUGAGCCUCUGAAUGAUACAGAAAUAGGUGAACAGAAGGACACACCCACACAGAGACAGCCUGAGACAGAUAUACAUCAUGAAACACAGAAGUACACAUAUUCAGCUGAACAGAAGGAGCUAAAGACUGAAAAAAAGGAACAGACUGGUCAAGAAAUGGACCCAAAUACAAUACUGUCACAUACAUUGACAGAGGAAAAUAAUAUAAAAAAGGUACAAAGUGAUUCACAGUCAAAGGCAGAGGUUGAUGUCAGUCACACUAAAUCAGAAAAACAAAUUGAGAAAGACAGAGUGUCUAAGUCAGAGGCAGUAAAGAUUAAAUCACAGAAACAAAGUAACACGCAGGUAGAGAGUAAGACAGAGAGGCAAGGCAGGGAUGAAGACUCCAAUUCACAGGAACAACUGAUCCUCUGGGUACAUCCCAGUAACAGCCCACAAGUCAAUGACCCUAUUCUCGCCCCAGCAACAGACUCUUCUUCAGUGAAAGGGGAGGGUCGUCUUACUAGCCUCUUGGGCUGUCCUGUCCCCAGCCCAGACCUUCACUUGGGAUCCGUGCCCCAACAGUCAGAUGACCCUUGGAGUUUGACCCAAGGGCCUGAAUCCCCACACCAGAGCAGUCAUGUAAAAAAUACACUGGUAUCUUUCCAAAGCACAGUAAUCAAUGUGCUCAAUCCAAAUGUUGCUUCGGGCAGUGAUAAGGGAUCAAGUGUAGGAACACAUCAGAUCACACCCCCUACAUGCAGUUACAUAAACACAUAUCACAACCCAGCCUGGGCAGUAGAAGAGGAGAAGAGUGCCCUUGAAAAAGCUUCAGCAGUUGCUGCUGCCUCCGCGUUGCUACUGACAACACCCACAAUGCCAGAAAUGAUAGAAUGUGAGGGAGAGGGGAAAGACGAGCAAAUCGACUCAUUGGGGAAAGCUGCUCCAGGAAUGGCAGCAGUGAACAACUCAGCAUUAGAAGAUACAUGUUUGGGGGGAUUAGGCGAUUGUGUCAGUUGCUCUGCAGGAGAGGGGAAGGAGACCCCCCCCCCGGCCAACCUCCCCCAGGCCAAACCUGCAUUAAUCGGCACAGAGAUAAUACGCUUACCUGUGAUCUCAGUUUCAGCCCAGGAAUUACAAGCUGCGACUGAGCAGAGCUACAGAAUAGACAUGCCUCACAACUCACUGGGCAGAAAACAGAACGAGAGACUUGGGGAGCUCACCGCUACCUCCCCAACUACUAAUGCUCUCUCUCCAGCCGGAGACACAGACAAGGAGAGGGAAUCACUCCAGGUAGCAGAAAAUGUCAUCGCUUCUCCCCCUCGACUACCCAGUAGAUCUGAUUGCCAGGAAAACAAAGAUACUGGAUUGGAGAGAAGGGGACAGGGAGGAGGAGGGAGAGGAGGAGUAAGAGGAGGACAGGAGGAGGGAGGGCAAAGAGGUGGUGGGGUAGCUGGAGAGCAGACUUCAUUCAACCAUUUGGCAGGCUCAGUGAGAGGAGCGUCAUCCCCAGCAAAGACAUGUCUGCCCCCGGAUGCUGCCGAGUCACCAGUGAAUUCGCAGUGCUGGAGUAAGCUCAUCUCUAGCGCCAGUACCUCUAUUCAGGUGGUCUGUCUGCCUCAGUCCAUCCUGGACAGAGACAGGGUCCCAGCUCCUUCUGGACAUGACUCCAUCAGCAUCCGUACAGAUGGAGACACAACAGAGCUUGAUACUUUAAAACAGAGCCUGAGUUCAGAGAAAAAAAUUGCAAAAGGAAAUGAACCUGGACAAGCCUCCAUCAGGACUACAGAGAUGAAGCAGGGCCCCACUGGAAUUUGUCUGCCUUCUGUUCCUUCUCAAACUCUGGGAUCUACAGUCCAGAACAUAACUGCCGUGGGAAGCUCCAGUGCCCAGGUGUAUCCGUUCCAGCCCACUGGCAACACAGAGGACAGGCUUGCGGAAACUGAGGCUAGUCUGCUCAGUUUGGCUCAGCCUAGAGACAGCAGCAGCAGUGUGGAGCUUACCAUGGCUACAGUUGGAAUAUUUAAGCUGGCCACCCGGGACAGCAGACGAGUACAUUGGACAGAAUCCAUCAAAUAUGACGAUUCUUCGUCCAAGGGCCUCAAUAUUCCUUCACCAUCGCCAGCUGGGACGAACAGUGCGUCACUACCUCCAUUAACUGUACAUGAGAGCCUCCGGCAUCCUGUGACUGAAGCUAGUUUUACAGUCCAAGAGACGCUUAGUUUGAAGAAGCUUGAUACCCCUCCACAAACUGCCUUGGCUGGGGAGCAAGCAGCAGUAGCUAGUCUCCUAGACUCCCAGCAGGCCAAAACAGAAGCUGCAGGAGAUGAGGAUCAUGAGAAACUACAUGAAGGUCAGUCUGCCAUUGAUCACAAAACCAUGCAGAGAAUGGUCAAUACAGAGAAUGUGACACCAGUUAAUGUCACAGAAAAUGCCUCAGAUGAAACAUUUGAAAAAGCCCAGUUGAAAAGUCAUAGAGGUGGAGUCAGUACUACAAGCAGUAACAUAAUGCUCACAGCUCAAGGUGAAGGAGCUGAAAUUCCAGAGAAGGGAGACCUAGAUGUUGAAAAGGACUCAGAAAGUGUCUGUAAAAGCAUUCAGAUGGCUGGAGGAAGAAGAGUGUAUGAAGGAGGAGAAAUGGAUGGUACACGUAAAGUGGAUAGAGAACGGGAAGAGACUAAAGUCUGUGUGUCAGAUGGGUCAGAUCCUUUACAGAUUCCCGGUGGAGAAUCAGAGGACCCUGACAGACUUCAGGAGACACCUUCAACCAAUAACUUGUCUGUUGAUCCAGAAUCUAAAAUGAUUCAUUUUCAAGAGCUUCCCUCUUCUGCUGCAUCUCCAAACCAGCUCAUUACUACUGAGUCUGACAGAGAGUCUCAGCAUGCAUUGCAGAAGGGGCCCAUCUCUGACCAGCAACAGUCAAGUCCUGAAAAAUUAUUGACCAGGACCUCCUCGCAAAUCUCCCCGCACACAAAGCUGGAUCAGCCCUCUAACCAAUUAAAUCAAUCUGUUAUUCAUGACAGGCCUAUCACAGAGACUAUGAAGGGCAAGGAGGAAUAUUUUGUUCCUGCUGAUGGUCCUGUUGUAUCUCAGGCUGCUGUUCAAGAGAUUCCAACCCUUGACAAUGAAUCUACUCUGUGCCUGAGGCUUCCGGGACCCAUGUUGAGUCAUUGGGAAUUCAUCAAUGACCGUGGCGUCUCACAUCCUGGACAGAACAGUCAUCAUGACAGCCAUGACACCAUCCCACGCUCUGAAGAAGUCAGAGCUGAAGGGAGUGGGCAAAUGACACAAGCAUCAACAACAUCAACAAAAGAAUCAAUAUCAACUAAGCCUCUGGAGGAUAGUGAUGUGAGAACCAGACAGGAUGUGAAUGAUAGGACAGUGAGGGAUGAAAGGAUCCUAGAAGAAGAGAUGAAGGAAGACAGAGAAAAAACACUGGAACCCUUACCUAAAUUGUCUCUUGGUUCUGUUAUACAUAUGGAUAUCCCCACCCCAGAGUACAAAAUCACAGCUCCACAGAGAGGGAGAGAACUCCAUGAUAUCUUGUACCAGUCUCAUGAAACAGCACUGUUAAUGUCUGGUUCUGACAAUGACGUUCAGCCAUCUAACAUUCGGCCAGAGGCCACAAAUGUCCAACCUUGUAGGAGUGAGGUGUCCAUUAAAGAUGAGGUCAUCAAUGUAAGCCCGCCUCUGACGUCUGAGCUGCCCCAUGGCCGGGCUCUUGGUGAAAACACAGAGGAUGAACAAGGAGAACUGCAGGAAGAAAAACUUAAAGAAGACAUUAAAAACAUCACACUCUAUGAGAUGGGAAAAAAGGGUAGUGAGGAAGGCCACAGGACAAUAAAACUAUACCAAGCCUGUACUCAACUGCGUAAUGGAACUGAGAAGGAGGCUGGGGAGGAAACAGAGCUACACUCAAAGAAGAAAAAGAAACAAAAGCGAAAACAAAGACAGAAGGAUGUACAAAGAGUGGCCAUACAGAAGGAUGACACAAGCGGAGGGAAAAAUGUAGAAGAUCAGUUUUUGUCCGCAUCUGCUCCUGACCUCAGUGGAGUAGGGUUCUGUAAGGACAGAGGGAGGGUUGAAAAGGCGUUUAAGGUUGUGCCUCCCCUUGUGCCAGACCACAGCCUGGCUCUGUACCCAUCGGUCCAAGCAACAGCUGAGCCUGACUCUGACAUCAACCCUAAACCAGACCGAAGUUUAGCUCACAGCCAAUCAGGUUCCACACAGGUUGCUCAGCAACAGAAACAUGGACAGGAACAGCAUCAGCUGGGAUUCAGAGACUCCUCAGAUGACAACAAAAACCUGUUGCCAGCGGUAACUCAGGUGGCUGAGAGGCCUUAUGGGAGUUUGAGUCAGUCAGGAGACAUGGAUGACAGAGAUGACGACAGCUGUAUCAUGGAUGGAGAGAGAGGUCCAGGAGGAGAGAAGGGGCAUAACAAGUUGGAGGUGGAGUUACCAAUUACAUCAUGUGAUAAAAGUAUUAGCAUGGCUUCAUAUACCCACAGUGAUGGAAGCAGCUGUGCAGAUAUGAAGAGAGUCACCUCAGUUAAAGAGACAGAGACAAAGACAGACUGUCCUGAAAGUGAUCAAAUACAGAGGUCGGAUGAGAAUCAUAGCGUAGGGCCAAGAUUGGUCAAACUGGAUUUCAUGAGUAAAAAAACUCAGACACAAAAGACCCUGAUAGCGUUGGAGGUUAGAAAGGUGGAGAAGUGGGCCAAAGCUCUCAGAACAGGGGUAGCAUCAGCUUGUCAAGGUCAAGAUGGAGAAAGCGAUGCCCCAGCCAAUAACACAAAAACUCCUAUUGUAUCUUUAUCACACACACAGGAAAGCACAGCACGGAAAUGCUUAGUUUGCUUGGAAGACCAGAAGUCUAGCAUCGAGGCCUCACCCAGGCCAGACCAGAUCCAGGAAUUUCCUGUAAAAAUAACCAGCAACACCAUUACUCCAAUGAAUCUGUCUCUGGUAAACAAAGAACCUAUGGCAGAGGAGACCUGUUCUGAUGUGGUUUUGGGAUCCAGUCGUGGAAUCCAGCAGAGAGGUCAGGAUGUAGUGUGUGACACUCCUGUGCUUCAAAGCAACAAGAAAGAAACAGACACACAAAGCCUCACAGCACCAGGAACCCUUAAAAAAAGCCCUUAUUCAGAGCUAGACAACAAAAAAAAGGAAAAGAAGGAGAAUGAGACCAAAGAGGACAAAGAGCAAAAGGAGGAACAAGGGCUAGCUCAGAAUGCAGAAGUCGGAGAGCCAACAGGGCCAAUCUCUGUAAAUGCAGGACCUAUCCCAAUACUAUUUCCUGCUCCUGCCCCAGCACAGGCUGAGAAAGACACUGACUGGCUAGUAAAAGCCCUCCGUGAUGCAGUCGCCCACUCUCAGACUGAACAUCAGAACAGAGAAAAGACUGAUAAAAUCAUGCCAACCAGAGCACUCCAGUUUCUGGAGUCUCCCCAGGCUGAGUACCGGACCCCCACAGAGGAAAUUACUACUCCUCUUGGCCAGCAGGACAACAUAGCAGAGAGCCCAGCAGAGAGUACAUCAAAGGUUCCUACAGUAGACAAGUCAGGGGAGAGUGGGUGCUUCUUGACAGAACAAGUGGGUGACCCUGCUCCUUUUCUUAAUUCUACUCCUUCUUCUCCGGCUACAUCCGCCCCCACUUCUGGUGGACACAACUUCCCACCUGCCCUACCUCCCCACCUCCUUCAAGACACCACAGAGUUCCCCACUCCUCCCCCCACGCCCCCAGAGAGGCCUGCUCCUGCAUCCUCUCAGACCUCUUCAGUCCCAGACCCUGCCUCAGCCCCGCACUCUUCUCCAGCUCCUGUCUCAGCCCCAGCCCCAACAUCUUCCUCAGGUCCAGACCCUGCCUUAGCCCCGGACCCUUGUUCAGCCCCAACUCCAGGCCUUGCUUCAGUCUUGCAUCCUGCCUCAGUCCCAGAUCCUUCCUCCCCAACUCCUCCUCCAGUUCCAGCCUCUGGCAAUCAGGGGAAGGAACCCUUUUUCACUUCCUGUCCUCCCCUAAACAGGAGCUCAGACUCAGACGAAGCAUUUGAGACCCCUGAGUCAACCACCCCAGUUAAGGCUGCAUCGCCCAUCCUUCCUCUCUCAGAGACUGAGCCCUGCUCCCUGCAGCUCACUACAGAGGACACAGGUUGCAUCUUAGGCACUGGAUCAGUAACAGACAGUGAUCCAGCCUCAGACCUUCCUCCAGGCCGUCCUCCUAGUCGCUCACUCUCCAUAGUCUUUGAUGAGGACAAGCCUAUUGCUGCCAGUGGCACCUACAACUUUGAAGUGUCUACUGCUGGGUCCCCCAGCCGUGCCCCUCUAACCCGUUCUCUCAGCCUUCAGGCAGGGGAAUUUGACGACUCCGGCUCAACAGACAGGUCUGUCACUGGAGGCUUCCUUCCCACUGCAGAGCCCUUCAGUGCAGGCACUGAGAGCGCUCCAGGGACUCUACUCAGAGCCAAGAAAGUCCGUCCUGGAUCCUUGAAGAAGAAGCCUCUACUUAGGCAGAGCUCCAAUCCUGAGAGCCCCCAGCCCACCUCUUCCUCCGGCACACCAGAGGUGAAGAAGAGGGCCAAGCCCAGGGCUGCCAGCCCUCUGCAGAGCCAGGAAGGGUCAGACGGAUCCAGCCCUGGGGGCACCCUAUGCAGGGCUCGCAAUAAGCCUUGUGUGGAGACCCCACCCCCUCUCCCUGAGGAGACCAAUCACACAAGCCCAGAGGAGGUCCAACCUGACCUCUCCUUACUCCUGUGCCAGGAGGAAGCCCCUCUCCCUGUGCCAGAGCCACCAGUGACUGAAGAGGAGUCCCCCCUCCCCCCAAGUGGUUCCUACAAAUGGGACCCAGAACAUUUUGAGGAGAUCAACCCUUUCAACAGCGGUGGGAGCAAGAUAGCCAACUCCCCCGUGCUGGGAAGGAAAGGACCAGUGCCUGCCUCUAACUUUUCACCUCCAAAGAGCCCCCCUGUCCCUGCAGAGGUACCAGCCGAUUCAGACCUCCCCAUCACCCCCCUUGCAGGCUCAGUCCCCAACCCUGAGGAGGUACCCAUCCUACCCAAGCGUCAGCCGGUGCGGCUGGAAUUUGACUACUCCGAGGAGAACGGUGAGGCACCCCGCCAGGCCUCACCGCCCCCCAAGAAGCUGGGCAAGAAGGCAGGCGCGAAGAUGCCCUUGAGGAAGCCCAGAUUGGGGCUAAACAAAGCCCCCCCACCACAGAUGGAGCCUCUGGGAAACGCCACCUCAUACCCCAACAUUGAUGAUGACAUUCCCAUCCCCAAAGCCACCUACAACUUUGACCCUAACAAGUGGGAAGACCCAAACUUCAACCCCUUCUCCUCUAAAAGCGGCAUUCCCAACUCGCCCAAGUUGUCCCGGCCAUCCUACAGCUUCCAAGCAGAUUUGUUUGAUGACACCAUAGACUCUUUGAAGUCCUCAAAUAAGAUGACUAGUUCCCCACCUAAAGCUGGGUCUGCUUCCUUUGAAGUGACCAAUGAUGAUGUUGAAAAUGACAAUGAUAACGUUGGAGAGCUGCAGGACCACAACCAGAACAAACCAGCCAAAAAGAAGAAAACGCCCAUCAAGUCUAACACUUUCAGAGUGAAGAGGUCACCGAAAAGAUCCCCCAUGUCUGAUUCAUCAUCACAGGAGCCCACUCCGGAGGUUGAGCCCCCCCCACUCCAGGAUGACCAUGCCACAGAUGAGGAGAAGCUCGCCUCCUCCACCAAUCAUAAGUGGGCGGCUCUCCAUGACAUGCAGUCGGAGCUGACCUCCGAUACCCAGGACUUCCCUCAGCCGUCUGACCUUACGUCUUUUGUAAACGAAAACAGUUUGCCUCCCCAGACCCACGUGCCAGACUAUGAGAUUGAGUACAUGGAGAAGAUUGGUUCUUCCUCACCUCCUCUGUCAGUGAAGAAGCCUUCUCUGUACCUGAAGUUGGAGUCUGUAUCAGACGACCUGACAAAGACCUGCUCCCAUGGUUCUGAGCCCAACUCACCAUGCACAGGGAGUUUUGAGGAGAUGGAGGCCCAGAUCACAGCAGGGAUGAAGACCCCAGUGCUGAACUCCAGACCUGUUCCGGAGGGUUCUGCUGUAGACAAGGGCAGGAAGUGGGAGAGCCAGGAGCUGAGUGCUGUCAGAGAUGAAGUGCCCCCGUCCCAGGGCUUUGUGGAGCCCUUGGCCCAAACCGCACCGCUGUUAGACAGGCUGCCAGCGAAUGACAACCCCCUGCAGUACCUGGAGCCUGACCUGGCAGAGACCAACCCCACAGCCUUUGCCCUCAAACUCCAGGAGGAGCUGGUGCUUGCUGCUCUGAGGAUAGAGGCUCUGCAGGUAGCCCAAAACAUCUCUCAGUGCCCCUCACUCUCCACUGUAACCCCCCAGCAGAGGGAGAGAGAGGUAGCAUCUCCCAGAGAGAGUUCAGAGUCCAAGGGCUCGCUCUACACCAGCCGGCCAGCCUACACCCAGCAGGAGAGCCCCUACCUGCCCCGAGACCUUGACCAGUCCCUCGGCAUUGCACGGGAAGAGAUUGUGACAAAAGAAAAGGAGGUGUUGGAGUGGCAGAGGAAGUAUGAAGAGAGUCAUCAGGAAGUGGUGGAGAUGAGGAGAAUCGUUGCAGAGUAUGAGAAGACUAUUGCACAGAUGAUAGAGGAUGAGCAGAAGGAAAAGUCAUUGUCUCACCACACUAUCCAGCAGUUGAUCGUGGAGAAGGACCAGGCUUUGGCAGACCUCAACUCAGUGGAGAAGUCACUGGCCGAUCUUUUCCGCCGCUACGAGAAGAUGAAAGACGUGCUGGAGGGCUUCCGCAAGAAUGAAGAGGUUCUGAAAAAGUGCGCCCAGGAGUACCUGUCACGGGUCCGUAAGGAGGAGCAGCGCUACCAGGCACUCAAGAUCCAUGCUGAGGAGAAACUUGACAAGGCCAAUACAGACAUAGCCCAGGUGAGGACUAAAGCCAAGCAAGAGCAGGCAGCCUACCAGGCCAGUCUGAGGAAGGAGCAGAUGAAGGUGGACUCCCUAGAACGUACACUGGAGCAGAAGAACAAAGAGAUUGAGGAGCUAACGAAGAUCUGUGAUGAGCUGAUCGCCAAGAUGGGAAAGAGCUAGCAGCACUGCUGUUUCUGUGUUCUUAGUCAUCCUAGGAGAGAAGAUGACAGGAGGAAAAGGGGAACGAAAGAAGAGAAAGGUUACAUGAAUGCCUCUUUGGAUAGAUGGACAUCUCUGGCCAGAGCGAUCUCUUGACUUUCUCCCUGUAUAGUACAGUACCCUACCCACUGGAAUGACUUCACUGUUCACCCUGAACAUGUUGUGUAAAUGUGUAUAUGUUUCCUGUAUCAGGGGUCAGUGAAAGGUUUUAGAAACGUAUUCCAUAUCGUAAAAGAGACUGUGUGAGAAAAAGAAAGUGUGAGUGAGUUACUUAAAAACAAAUUAUGUAAGAGUUUUAUGUUGAUGAGGUGAUAAGAAUUAUGUUGCCAUGACAGCCACUGAGGGGAACGACUGUUUAUCCACAUAUUGUAUCUUAGAGAAAAGGAAAGACUUGUGAAAAACAGAGAUAGUGUGUACAUACAGUAUAUGGCACAUUUAGACUUAUCAAUGUUUCGUUGCCAAAAGGUACUGUACACCUUAUCCCAGAGAUAACUGCAUGUGGAAGUGGAUGGAUAGUUCCUUUUGUAUAUUAUGCAGAUAAAAAGUUCACACCUGCAUUUUUUAUACAAUUUACUGUUAGUUCAAACAGCUUUCCUCGUGUAAUCUUGUAGAUAGUUGAUGUGAAUUUAAUGUCAUAGCUUCCUUAAAACCUUGUGGGAUUUUAUUUUGAUAUAUAACUAAUCUAAUUGUCAGUUAGGAUUGCAGGGUAAUUUACUUUUUGAUCAAUAUGUCAUAGUCCUGCUAUGGUUGGCGUGUCUGACUGAGAGGGUUGAGUCCACAGUGCACAGCUACACUGCACAGCAUCUGCUUACAAAGUGCAAUAAAAAUGGCAAUACACAUA